CUCGCUGGCAUUUCACCCACCUCUCUCCGCGGAGGCAGCGUUAUGCAAUAGCCCGUCUUAACUUUGAUCGGAUGGAAAACAAGGAGACGCAACAAUUCUUUCUCCCCCCCCCUCCACCCCACUCCCACGCAGAAACAGCGGCGACAGGUCCGUCCCGGUUGCCUUUGGGGAAGAAAGGGGAGGGCUUUCCCCCGGCUCCUUCCCCUUGCGCUCCUUGGGCUCCUCCGCAGCAAGAGGUUGGUUUCAGAAGGGAAAGGAAGGCGAGCCAGCGAGCCAGCGGGGAGGGCCAGGGGUGCCGCCCCGCGCGGCUCUGGAUCCCAUUCGCGACCCGCGGCAUCCUCCCGCGGAGAGGCGGCUCCAGCCGAGCAGGGCGAUGCAGCUGGGCAGUGGCCGUAUUCUACUAUUCCUGCUGGCGAGCAUCCCUUGCAGCUUCCUGCUCGACAGCCUUGAUGACGACGAACUGCUGCUGGCGACAUCCCAGCCCAGGGGAGGCAUCCCAGCCCAGAACGUGCCUGGCUGCCCAGCCAACUGCACCUGCCCAGCAGAAGAGACGGUGGACUGCGGUGGCCUAGACCUGCACAUCUUCCCCAGCAAUAUCUCUGCAGGCAUCCAGCAUCUUUCACUGCAGAACAACCAGUUGCAGGAGCUGCCCUACAAUGAGGUGUCCCGACUGGCUGGCCUGAGAACCCUCAAUCUACACAACAACCACAUCACCUCUGAAGGUCUCCCAGAUGAAGCCUUUGAGUCCCUGCAAUCGCUUCAGUACAUCUACCUGGCCAACAAUAAGCUUUCGGUGGCGCCGCAGCUCCUACCCAGCACUCUGCGGAUCGUGGACCUUGCUGCAAACCACCUGACUCGUGUCUACCCAUUGACCUUUGGGCAUAAACCUGGCCUCAGGUCUGUUUAUAUGCACAACAACCAGCUGAACAACACAGGUCUGCCCUUUGAUGCCUUCAACGGCUCCGAUGCCGUGAGCACCCUCAUCCUCUCCAGCAACCUGCUCACUUACGUGCCUCAGAACUUGCCCCAGGCCAUCGUCCGCCUCCACUUACAGAACAACCGCAUCUCCCGCAUCCCAAAAGGGGCCUUGAGCAGCCAGUGGCGCCUCCGGGAGCUCUACCUGCAGAACAACAACCUGUCCAAUGAUGGCCUUGACCCCUCCACCUUCAGCCGGCUGAAGAGCCUGGAGUACUUGGACCUUUCCAACAACAACCUGACGCAGGUGCCUGCCGGCCUCCCCCCCAACAUUGCAAUCCUGCACCUGGGCCGGAACCACCUGAGCCACCUGGCCCCCGAUCGCCUGAGCCGUGUGCGGGGUCUCCAGUACCUCCUGCUGCAGAGCAACGCCCUGACCGCGUCAGGAGUCCACCCCGAGGCCUUUGCCCGCCUUCGUUCCCUCCACACGCUGCACAUGUACAACAACCGGCUGGAGCAUGUCCCGUCCGGACUGCCGCGCAGGGUCCGUUCUCUCAUGCUGCUGCACAACCAGAUUGCGCACAUUGGGCUGCAGGACUUUGCGGCCACCUACGCCUUGGUGGAGCUCAACCUCAGCUACAACCACCUCUACAGCGCCCACAUCCAUCGCCUGGCCUUCCGCAAACUGAGGCGCCUGGAGACCCUGGACAUUUCGGGCAACCAGCUCACGCUCUUGCCGGCGGGGCUCCCCUCCAGCCUUCAGGUCCUCAAUCUUCAGAAAAACCAGCUCAACUCCCUCUCUCCAGAGCGGCUGGUCAACCUCACGAUGCUCAAGGAGCUACACCUGGCCCACAACCGCCUGCGGAUCAGCGGCAUCUACCCAGGCACUUGGCAAGAGCUGCAUGGGCUCAAGCUCCUGGAUCUGAGCUAUAAUGAGCUGUCCUAUGUUCCACCAGACCUACCAGAAUCACUAGAAUAUCUAUACCUGCAGCAUAACAGGAUUGCUGUCAUUAUGGCUGAGGCCUUCCUCACAGCACCCAACAUCCGUGUCAUCACUCUCAGAUCCAACCGUUUGUUGGCAGCCAACGUAUCGGAAGCUGCAUUUGCAGACCUGAAACUGCUGGAGGUAGUAGACACUACCGGGAAUCCAGAACCUAUCACCAUCUCUCUGCUGCAAGCUGGGCCCUGGGUCCGCACCCAGAUGGGUACCUAAGGAGGUUGCCUAGAACAGAUCACCAUCCUACGCUUCCUUUCUACCGCUGCGUGUCCUCGGGCAUCUCUACCAGGAUGGCUCUGCCCACCUGCAGCCUUCUGGAGAGGUUUGCACUGCCCAGUGUUUGUCCUUCCACCUUCAGCCAGUUGCACAGAGCAAAGCCUCUA